AUGACCACCGCUUCCGCUCCCACGGCCUCUCUCCUCUCCCUCCUACAUCGCUCCUUUCCCAGCGCCGUCCCCUCCACCUCUAUCGAUCUCGACCUGCAAAAGAUCUCCCCCGAGAUCUUCCCUUCCUACACCUACGGCGAUGCCGAACAGGCGGAAAUGGUCCAAUGGCUAGUAAACACUGCCUCAGCCACCGAGAUACUAGCCAAGGCCGACACUGCUGCCCUAUCUGAGGAGUUCCUGACGAGACUUAACAAGCAUUUAGCUACCCGCACAACGCUGCUGGGUACAAAGCCGUCCGUCGCAGAUGUCGCGGUGUAUGCUAUUAUGGCCCCUAUGGUGGAAAAGUGGAGCGCGGAGGAGCGGACUGGUGAGAAUGGGUAUCACCAUAUCGUGCGGUAUAUCGACUUCGUGCAAAAUGCGCCGCUAUUUGGAUUAAAAAUUUCCGCAGAGGAGAAGAUUGAGAUUGACGUGAAUGAUGUGAAGGUUGUACCGAAGCCGGUGCAGCCGCCAAAGGAGGAGAAGGAAAAGAAGAAGGAAAAGAAGACGACGGGGCAGGGAGGUGCUGAGAAGAACCUCGUGGUCGGACGUGGGAAGAACAACAGUAGUAAUAACAACAGUCGAUCGGAAAGCGGGAAAGGAAAAGAUAAAUCCGAACCCCUCGCAACAGGAGCCGCCGAACCUCCGCACGAAAAGAAGGAGAAGAAACAAAAGCAGCCCAAACAGCAAAAACAACCCGCCGCUCCUGCUGCCCCGCUCUCCCCCUCCCUCAUCGACCUUCGUGUCGGCCACAUCCUCCGUGCCGUCAAUCACCCCAACGCAGACUCCCUGUACGUCUCCACAAUCAACUGCGGUGACGCCCCAGGGACGGAAAACACAUCUGUCGACGAAGAAACAGGCCUGACCGUCCGCACCGUCUGCUCCGGUCUAAACGGACUCAUCCCGCUAGAGGAGAUGCAAAACCGCAAGAUCAUCGCCGUCUGCAACCUGAAACCCGUCACGAUGCGCGGCAUAAAAUCCGCCGCUAUGGUCCUCGCCGCGUCGCCCAAGAGCGACGACGCGCAUGCUGGCCCCAUUGAACUCGUUAGCCCUCCUGCCGAUGCCCCCGCGGGCGAGCGUGUCUUCUUCGAAGGGUGGAGCGCCGGGGAGCCUGAGAAGGUGCUUAAUCCCAAGAAGAAGAUCUGGGAGACGUUCCAGCCUGGGUUUACGACUACGGAUUCGUUGGAGGUGGCGUUUGAUAGUGCGCAGGUGCCGCAGUUGGCGGAGAAGGAGGGGGAGGCUAGUUCUGCUCCGGCUGCUGCUGGUACAGUUGCCAAGUUGGUUACGAAGUCUGGAGGACUGUGUACGGUCAAGAGUUUGAAGGGGGCUACUGUGAGAUAA